GUAUUUAUAUACUAGUUUUUUUUUUUUUUUUAAAAUGAGUGCACAUGUAAUUUGUAUUGCUUCAGGUUCUGGAAUACCAAUUUUUUCACGGAAAAAAGGCAAUCUAGAAAAUUUCCCAUUUUCUGUAAUCGGCUCGUUAAAUGGGGUUCAUAUGUUUACAAAAUCACUAUCUAUUACGUUAUUAAAUACAUUAAUGGACGAUUACUGUGUUGUUUGGAAAGAAUAUUUUGAAAGUAUUUUAAUUAUUGGAAUUUCAAGUGGAUGUACGAAAGAUGCACUAGAAAAACUUUUAUUGUCUGUCUUUAAUGCAAUUAUGUUAAUACUGGGUGUAAAUGAAGUUAGAUCUCUAAAAAAUGUAGAAAAAAUAAAGAGAGAACUAAGGGUAAUUUAUCCUGUAAUAGACAGGUUACUAGACUGUUUGGAUUGUGGUGAUUCACAUUCCAAAUAUUGUUCAGACUUAAUUUCCUUGGCGGAAGUAAUUUUGUGUAAUGAAAAUCACCAAAUAAAGAUAAUGCUUGAUACAUAUACAGAAAAUAUAAGUUCUGCCUACACUUGUAUCCUAAUUCAUGGAAAAAUAGCAGUUGCAACAGAAGAAUGGUGGGAUUUACACCCUGAAGAAUUAAAACUAUUAGCAUUUUUGGCAAGUUCAGACAGUAAAUCUAAUAUUAAAGAUGUGCCAGUAUUUUUACCUUAUAAAAGUCCUAAGACCCGCUAUCGUCUGAUUACAUGCAGUCCUAUGCCUUAUAUGCAUAUAUGCUGUUUGGCCAAUCAGCAACACUCUUUAAAUGAAAUUGAAAGGUCAGCCAUAAAUUGUUUCAACACCAAUUUAGAAGUUUUAAAUUCUGCAAUUCAGUGCUUUCCGAGAAAUAUUCCUGAAUCCUUGCAAUUAGACUUGGGAGUAUUAGGAUUACUUUUACUUAAUAAAAACCGAGGAAAAUAUCUAAUAUCAACAAUUCCUUCUUCUGCAGAUAAAAAGCGUAUUUGCAGUUAUUCUCAUCGAUCUGAUAUCUUACGAACUUUUUUUUAUAGAAGUGUUCUAAAAUUCUUACAUACCAAAAAUAACUUACAUGAAUAUGUAAAAAGAGAAUGCCUUUUAAACGAUGAAAUAGAUUCGUCGUUUGACAAAAAGGAAAUAAAAUCUGAUGAAAGUUAUGUUUCUACAGUAGGGACAGAAACUUAUUGGUGCUCAGAAUAUCACAAAUGUUAUGCCAUUGCAGUAGAGGAGAAUGUUUUAUGUUUGAUGUAUAAUUCUACUGUUCCUACAUAUGCAAUGAAACAUAUUGCCAGAAAGGUCUUAAAAGCAAUUACAUGUAACAAACAACUGUGUUGGUGACAGUAAAUUCAUUAUUUAAAUAAAACAAGAAUGCUCCAACCAUAAUUAAUAAAUUAUACUCAGGAUUUAGAUAACGUGAAACUGUUGUGUACACAAUCAAAAAGUAAAAACCAUACGCUUCUAAAAAAUUUAGGAUUAAAAAAGUAUGAAAAUUUCUGAUUAAUUAUCAAAAGAAACUAUUAACCCAUAUACGAGGGCGGUUCAAUAAGUACCAUGUUUGAAGACAGAGGACGUUUCUGAGGGAAAUGGUGUUGUCAUCGUGUG